AUCCAUGAGGUGAGCAGAGAAAAGCGCAGAGACGCAGGGCCGAGAGGACACACAGGGGGAGAAGCUGACGGAGCAUUUGUAACGACGCGACACGACUCAGCGCAGCAAGAGCAGGGAUGCAGCUCACAUAACCGCACUCGGCGAACCGCAGCAGUUGAACGGAGGCGCGCGCGGGGGAGGAGGCUGCGCAGAGCCAUCGAAACCCGGACAGUUUUUUAUUUUUUCUUCCUUUAUUCAAACUUUCAACACCGAACGCAAACUGCGUUGGAUUAACCUCCUCUCUAACAUGGGCUCGGGAAGGUUUCGCUCGGAGUCGUCGGGAAUAUCGGCCCCGCCGGCGCGCGCGGCGUGCAGAGCGUGGCUCCUGCUCGCGCUCUGCCAGUCGCUCUGCGGAGCCUUCAACUUGGACGUGGACAGCCCCGCCGUGUACAGCGGACCUAACGGCAGCUACUUCGGAUACGCCGUGGAGUUUUACUCGGGCGACUCGGCAAGUGCGAGCGUGGUGAUAGGCGCUCCCAAGGCCAGCACCAGUCAGCUGAACAUCACUGAGGGAGGAUCUGUCUUCUAUUGCCCGUGGGGCCUUGGCCAGUCCAGCUGCCACAGCAUUGAGUUUGAUGCUCAAGGGGACCGCACUGUCUUGCUCAACGACACAAACCAUCAGGCUGAAUUUAAGUCCCACCAGUGGUUCGGCGCCACCAUACGUUCACACAGCGACACCAUUUUGGCCUGUGCCCCCCUCUACUCAUGGAGGACUAAAGAGGACACCCCCCAGUCAGACACUACAGGGACCUGCUACCUCUCUGUCCAUAACUUCACCAAGUUUGUGGAGUAUGCUCCCUGUCGUACAGAGUUCAUUGGGAUAGGAGGACAGGGUUACUGUCAAGGGGGAUUCAGUGCUGACUUCACGAAGGAUGGCAAAGUAGUAUUGGGUGGACCAGGCAGCUUUUUCUGGCAGGGCCAGGUGAUAUCUGCUGCCAAGGACAAGAUUAUCGAGGCAUACUACCCAGGUUAUUUCAUGCAGUCUGUGAAGGGCCAGAUCCAGACCAGACAAGCUGAGAUCAAAUAUGACGAUAGCUACCAAGGCUACUCCGUCACGGUUGGGGAGUUCAGUGGCGAUCAGGAGGAAGAUUUUGUGGCUGGCGUUCCAAAAGGAGUCAUGCUUUACGGUUUGGUAUCCAUUCUCAAUGGCACCGACUUGAGUACCAUGAUUAACUAUACAGGUGAACAGAUGGGAUCAUAUUUUGGCUACGCUGUGGCGACGACUGAUAUUAACAGUGACGGGCUGACUGACCUGCUGGUGGGAGCCCCCAUGUUCAUGCUCAGGGGUUCCGAUGGGCGCCUGGAAGAGAUGGGCCGGGUCUAUGUUUACCUACAGCGCGGCCCCCUUGACCUGGCGCCCCAGCUACCUCACCUGAACGGCACACAUGUGUUUGGGAGAUUUGGCAGCACCAUCGCACCGUUGGGAGAUCUGAACCAGGACGGCUUCAAUGAUGUGGCCGUCAGCGCUCCAUUUGGAGGAGAGGAUCGUCAGGGACUAGUUUACAUCUAUAACGGCUACUCAGGUGGACUCAAGGACACUCCUUCUCAGGUGAUUGCUGGGCAGUGGGCUUCCAGUACAGUUCCUGCCAGCUUUGGAUUUGCCCUGAGAGGCUCCAAGGACCUGGACAUGAAUGGAUACCCAGAUCUUAUUGUUGGUGCUUUUGGCGUCGACAAGGCAAUUCUCUACAGAUCUCGACCAAUAGUCAACACAAGCGCUUCCCUGACUAUUUACCCCACAAUGAUCAACCCCGAGGAGAAGGGCUUGAAGGGCUGUGUCAUCACUAGCGACAAUACCAGCAUACCUGUUUCCUGCGUCAACUUGAGUUUCUGCCUAUCUGCCGAUGGGAAGUACCUACCGGACAACUUGGACUUCCAGGUGGAGGUGCAGCUGGACAGUCAUAAGCAUAAGCAGAAGGGUGCUGUGAAGAGGGUACUUUUCCUGGACUCUCAGCUGGACUCGCUGCAGAAGAGCGUGAGGCUGCACCGGGGCAAGCGCAUUUGUCAUGACACCAAGAUCUACCUAAAAGACGAGAAGGACUUCAGGGACAAGCUCUCCUCGAUUUAUGUGGCCUUUAACUACAGCCUGGACCCGCAUGCUGCUGCUGACCUCCACGGCCUGCGGCCCAUUCUCAACUAUCAGACGGCCAGCCAAAUCGAGCAGAAGGCUCAGAUUCUGUUGGACUGUGGAGAGGACAACAUCUGUGUUCCCGACUUGAAGCUUGCAGUCCAUGGGGACAGGAAGGAGGUCUUCCUAGGUGAUGACAACUCGCUGACCUUGACUUUCAACGCUAGGAAUGAGGGUGAGGGAGGGGCUUACGAGGCAGAGCUGUACGUGGUGCUGCCCCCUGAAGCAGACUACAGCGGUAUAGCACGCAAUAAUGAGAGCCUGGCCCAGCUGACCUGCAGCUACGAGACAGAGAACCAGACCCGCUACCUCAGCUGCGAUCUGGGAAACCCCAUGAAGUCUGGGACCAGCCUGUGGGCCGGCCUUCGUUUCACCGUGCCACGACUGAAGGACACGCACAAGACCGUGCAGUUCGAGCUCCAGAUUCGCAGCAAAAAUGAGAAUAAUUCCCAUAGCGAGGUUGUGUCUCAUAAGCUGGAGGUGGUUGUUCAGGCUGAUGUUAUUUUACAAGGCGUUUCCCGGCCAGAUAAGGUCUUCUUCCCGCCGGCCAACUGGAAGGUGACCAAAAGUCAUCAGGUGGAGGAGGACAUUGGACCUGGGGUGGAACAUAUCUAUGAGUUGGUGAACAACGGGCCCAGCCGGAUCAGCCACACCCUGCUGGAGCUGCGCUGCCCCCUCAGCAUCCACAGCCAGGGUCUCCUCUACCCCCUGGAGAUCUUCACCGAAGGCCCGCUCAACUGCAGCUUCAACCACACCCUGAACCACCUACACCUCAAACUCCAGCAACCCUCAACAGAGCAGCCGCCUUAUCUGGCACUACAGGCCAGCGAGCACCAUGUGGAGAAGAGGGAGGUGCAUAGAGACCAACCUGCUCAUUUGGCCAACCUGUCGUGUGCUACCGUGGAGUGCUGGACGCUCCAGUGUAACGUGGGCCUUCUGGAGAAAGGGACAAGCGCCAUCCUCAAAGUGCGCUCCCGCGUCUGGGCCGAGACCUUCACCGAGCGAGCAUAUAAGAAUUAUGUACUGGAGUGUCUGGCGAGGUACAGCGUGAUGAAGAUGCCUUACGAAAUCUUACCCAAGCACAAUCCCAGUGGACACAAAAAGGUGGUGACUCCGGUAGUGUGGAACAAGCCAGAAAACCAGUACUCCGUUCCUCUGUGGAUCAUCAUCUUGGCUAUUCUAGCAGGACUAUUGCUGCUGGCACUUCUCAUCUAUGUCCUCUACAAGCUUGGCUUCUUCAAGCGAUCUCUGCCCUACGGCACUGCCAUGGAGAAAGCCCAGCUCAAACCACAGGCUGCCUCCGAGGCGUAAAUAACCACCGGAGCUGUCAAGAUUCGCUGAACCUAAACCGUAUGAUUGCAACGGAGAAACAUGAUGGAGCGUCCAAACGAGGAUCGGACAGCAGAUGGAGAGUUAGGAAGAGAGACCACUGGAACUCCACUGUGCUGCACUAGAGGAAGAUAAAAACCCUAAGAUCUCCAAACCAAAUGAAUGUUGUUGUUUUUCUUUUUUUUUUUUAUUUAAUGUAUGUUUGUUUGUCAGCAGGUCGGGAUUGUUAAUGCUUAGAACUUUUCAAAAAUGUCACAGUCAAACUGCCUAAAGACUCACAUUGGACUGAGAAAUACCAGACUCGUGACUGCAAAACGAUGUGCGGAAAAAAAGGCAAUGCCGGUUGACUUUGUUUUUGUUUGUUUUUCCUGAAGUGGAUCCUCAUUAUAGAGAAUUCAGUAUGACCCUUUUAAACUGCGUGAUAUUGGUGCUAAAAAAAAAAUGGCGUGUUCACUUCUUCUGACAGGACAUAGUCACGCGUUGCGUACGGUGGCAAAGAGCUGUGAAUACCGCAUUCUGGUCGCGUAGAUGUAAUCGUAUGAAAACCUGUCGAACGCCUAGCUGGACAAGCAAAAGAUUAGCGUGCUCGGCUUAAUACCCGCCACCUAAUCGUCCAACCAAAGAAGCCAAACAAUUCAGUUUUUUUCCACAAACUUCUAUGUAUUCUACUCGAUCUUAUCCCGGAUUUUACUCAAGUGUUCAUGGAAACGAUCUCUCUCUGCCUCAGGUUGGUGGACAGUGCUGGGUUCAGUUGUAUUUGCACUCAAAGGAGAAAUCUACUGAUGUAACUGAAGAGACACCAAAGACUGACUGAGCUUCCUUUGAGUUUUGACUUUGGCUCCUACUGAUCACUUUGUUUGAAUUGUGUUUGUUCACACUCAGAAUUACCAAUGCUAGCAUCGUCGUUGUCUCGUAGUCGACUGGGAUGUGACUGGAACCGCCACAGGUCAGCGGAGCCUCGCGCGAGGACCUGUGUGAUAGCGUGGGGGUUUCUUUUUAAAGCCAUGGCUGUUUGGCGUUCUCUUCGGGAAUGGUUUUGCACUCUUUACGCCGGACCGCGCUCGUAAGGGGAAGGGGGCCAGGCAGGAUCAGAUAAUGCUCAGGUUAACCCUCGUCUUUAACGGCCGUUGUGUUAUGACGUCUCGGAAGUGGGAGAUGUGACAAUCAGCUCUUGUGUGCGGCCUUGAAAAGACAGGAAACGGGAGUCAAGCUUGAGGGCGAGUAGGGUUGUCACCGACGGGAGCGUAGGAUCUGUUUUCGGCUAGAAGGUUGGGCGUGUUGGAUACCGAUCUGUUUGGGGUGAAGGUUGCUGAUGUUUAAAAUUAAAGGCGAGGCACAGACACAGAGAACAUAGAGAAGGAAAUUAUCCCACCACCAAAAGGCUACAGCUCCACCCAGGGACUGAACAUUGAAAUGCAUUGUGUUGGGUUCAUGUUAUUUGUCAUGUACAUAGGUUUUAUGUGCCUUAAAAAUGUAAAUAAGUGCCUGUGAGAGGGAAUGUGCGUGCACGUGUGCGUGCGUGCAGACGCAGUGCACACACACAUGCACGUGUGUGAGUGGCGUAUUUAUGAAUGUCUGUUUUGUGUGAGAAAUGGCUUUAAAAUUUCCCCUUGCCUACUUCUGUCAAUUCUGAUCACCUCUGUAUCUUGAAGUCACCAAGAGUAAAUCCAGUCAGUGCCGAGAGGGGGCCAUCAAACUGGCCUGACAGAAAUGUAAGAUAUUUGGGAUCAGUGGCUUUUCAUCCGACACACUGAAGAGUUUCGAAAUAUCUGAUAAAGGGAUAAGGACUUAGGCACUGGGAACUUAACAUUGUUUGAAAGUGCAAUAUUUGUAUUCACUCAUGUUUAUAUCACAGUUUUUUUUUCUUUUAUUUGUGACUGAGUUGUACUAUGUAACGUGCUGAUGUGUUUUGAUGUCUGUGAGUACCAAACUCCCUUCGGGGGGCUCCUGGCUUUUCUUUUCUUUUUUUUACACUGUUCUCGUAAUGCAUGGGGAAAAGUGUGAAUCCUCUUUAUCCAGGAUUUCCCCCCCUGCAGACUUACUCACCACUUCAUGUUUCUGGACCACUUGCCCCGAUCCGGCUGAUUUUUAUAGCGCAAACUCACUCGAACAAGUAAAUCUGCGAGUCUGAGUUGAGCUCGGGUGUGUUGUUGCGGCGUGAUAAUUCAUGUGUGGUGCAAAUUGUAUCACCUGUCCAAACACCGCCAUAGUACUAACCAUAUGUUACAUUUGUUUUGCUUCAUUAUUCUCUUUUUAAUGCCCCCAUAUGUUGGUCAUGAUUCAUUAUUUGGCUGUUUACCAUAGGAACGUCGUAAUAUCACACACAUGGUACAAAAUCUCCAUGUGGUAAAUUGAUAAAUUCAAAAUCUGUACUUUAGUUUGGCAGUGUCACAAUGAUGACGCUUUAUUGGUCGUUUUCAGAACGAGCUUGUCAGCCUAUUAUUUAUAAUGAAAGGGGACUCGUGUACUACUUCCACCACAGUUGCACCAGGAGAAGAUGCUGGGUUUAUCCUGGGUCGUCUAAAUGUUUAACCCGUUUCCUCUCUCCUGGGCUUUCCAAAAGAAGUUGUACAUAAUUCUGACAAGAAGAGGAUUUUUUAAACUUGUGAUAAACAGAUUUUUGUGAAUUCUUCUCACCCCAUAUUGGGGAGAAUUUUUUUUUUUUUGAA